AUGGGGACGGAGUUGACUGGGAGUACGCUGAAGCAAUAUGUUGAGAACCUCGUCGAGCACAUCAGAGAUAACCAUCACAAAGCGAUUGGGUCGGCUUUCACUGCCACCUCUCAGCUCUACUUCGAGAAAGCGAGAUCCGCCUCGAAUGAAACCUUCGCAAAACUCUACGAACAACUCGUUCGUUUACACAACCAUCGCCCGAUCAAACCGAGCGAGUACAACGAGGCGAUUCAGCAUAUCGUUGAAGAGACUUUUAAGGAGUAUCAAACCCAUCCGCUUUUCGGUUCAGCCGAGCUAAAAGCAAAGGAAUUCGAGAAUUUCCAACGGUCACUGCUGGACCGAUGCGACGAGAAAGAGGAAAAUAACCAGCAACGCUACAGAGAUGUGCAAAUGGCCGAUGCUGUUAAUGGAUCCUAUGCGAUUUAUGAGAAAGAGAUGAAGCCAGACCUCUUGGAGACUCUUCUCGGCAACAGAGAAAAAAAGAUCAACUAUGUCAAUGAACGCCAUACGAAGGCUUUCCGAAUGGCGAUGGAUAACUUUGAGAAUGCUGUAAGCGAUUUCCAAAACGAGCUCGAGCUGAGCGAUUACAAGAGAGAAUUACUCAAAGCGAUGAUUACGGUUCGUUUCACCGAUCUGCAAAACGACAAUGCGAUCAUGGUGUUGCAAGUGAUAGUACGGGAAAUGUUUGCUCAACUUGGUGAAGAGUAUGCAAGAUUGCUCAAAGAGCAAAUCCCAAUCGUAAAGAAACUCGAAGAUGUGGACGGAAUUUUGCAGAAAUCUCAAGAACUUCAGCAAGGUCGUUAUGAGCUGAGUAAGGCUGAAUUUCUGAGUGAAGCGUCGAUGAAUUUGCCAAAUAUUGAUCAAACAAUGCUCGCGCAAAUGCUCGACAAUUACAAGGAUUCUGUCAGCGUUGAAUUCAGAAAGCACGAAAACGAGUUUGAGGCUCAAGUACGCACGCAUCUCAAUAUGGAGAAAUUGAAGGCGAAAAUGGAGGCAAUCCGUGCGAAACAACAAGAAACACAUAGGAAAUUCAAUGAUGAGAAAAGAAAAACACAAGAUGAGCUCAAUGAAAUGCAAAAGAAAUUGGAUCAAGAGAAACAGGCUCGCGAAUCGACCGAGAAGCACCAGGCAAUGUAUCCAAUGAUCAUGAUGAUGAAAGGGUUGAAUGAAAACUCAAUGCGACAAUUGGAACAAAUGAGAACUGAUCGUGAAGAGCGGGAGAGACGGGAGCAACACCUUUCUGACGAGCGCGCUCAUGAGCGUCAAGUCGAGAUGGAAAUGCUUAGACAGGAGCGAGAGGAAAGGGAGCGCCGAGAGGAAGCUAGAGAAGCUCGCCGAACGGAAUUUGAGAAUCACCGUCGUGCGGAGGAUAGGAUACGUCAAGAAGCAACCGAUCGUUUGCGCCAAGCCGAGGAACGGAAAAAAGAGGCUUUCGCUGCUCAAGAAAAACAAAAAGAACCGUGUCGGCUUAUG